AUGUCUCAUGAAGCGACAGUGCGCGUUUCCACUCGUCAAGCACUUCCCAACCCGAUAUUCAAAAUGACCAUGGUCAAAGAAGGUUACUACAUUGGAAUCGAUGUCGGAACAGGCAGUGCGCGUGCCUGUCUCAUGGACCACCAUGGCGAGAUUGUGGAUGUCGCAUCGGAAAAUAUUGGACUUUGGCAACCAGAGCAGGAAUAUUACGAACAAUCAACCACGGAUAUUUGGCGGUGCAUUUGCAUAGUUGUUCGCCGAACCCUCGACAACAAAGAGAUCUCACCAUCGCUCGUACACGGAAUCGGGUUUGACGCGACUUGCUCUCUAUGUCUUUUUUCCGCAAAGACCAACCAGCCAGUCUCCGUCACCGGCCCAGAUUUCAACACCGAUCGCAAUGUGAUUCUUUGGUUGGAUCACCGCGCCACAAAGGAAACGGAGGUCAUCAAUGCCACCGGUCAUAGUGUGCUGCGCUAUGUGGGCGGCAAGAUGUCCCUUGAGAUGGAGAUUCCGAAAAUUCUGUGGUUGAAGAACAAUAUGCCAGAGGAAACCUUUUCUGAUUGCAAGUUCUUCGAUCUCGUGGAUGCUUUGACUCACAUUGCGACGGGCGGGGACACCAGAAGUUUUUCGAGCAUGGUUUGCAAACAGGGAUACGUGCCCAAGGGAGUGGAUGGAAGUUUUGACGGUUGGCAAGAAGAUUUCUUUGAACAAGUUGGGCUCGGCGAGCUUGGCAACCGCCGGUUCGAUCGUAUCGGUGGUGUGAAUGGAGAGAAUGGUCGGCACUUACACGCAGGCGAAUUCGCUGGGGGCCUAUGUGAGGAGGCAGCCGGACAGUUGGGACUCAACGCCGGAACUGCUGUCGGCAGUGGAGUGAUUGAUGCAUACGCAGGAUGGAUAGGCACAGUCGGUGCAAAAGUCGAGAUGGACACAAAGAGGCAUGUCGUCCAUGGAGAGCCAGUGCAAAAAGGCACAAAUGAUAGAAGUGAGGUGUUUUCACGUCUGGCCGUUGUUGCAGGAACAUCUUCCUGUCAUAUUGCCACGUCGCCCGACCCCGUGUUCGUGCCAGGUGUUUGGGACCCCUACCGCGAUACCAUCUUUCCGGGUUGCUGGAUGGCCGAAGGGGGACAGUCCGCCACUGGACAACUGCUUAAGCAUGUCCUCGAAACACACCCGGCGUUCCCCGAAGCGCAAACAAAAGCAAAGAGUUUUGGUGUGAAUAUUUUCGAAUUCUUGAACAUCAAGCUCCGCGAACUAGCUAUCGAGCGAAAAGUUCCCGGUGUUGCAGAUUUGGCCCGACAUUUCUUUUUCUACGGGGACUUGUUCGGGAAUCGUUCCCCACUGGCCGACUCGGCCAUGAGAGGCUCGAUUGUUGGUCUAUCGAGUGAUAUAUCGAUAGAAUCUCUUGUGAUACACUACUAUGGCACCCUGGAAUUCAUCGCCCUGCAAACAAAACAGAUCGUGGACACAAUGAAUGGAUCUGGUCACCAAAUCCGGUCGAUCUUCAUGUCCGGGUCACAAUGUCAGAAUGAGGUCCUGGUCAAUCUCAUUGCCACUGCAUGCCAUAUGCCCGUCGUUGUCCCACGCUACAUCCAUGCAGCUGUCUGCCAUGGUGCCGCAAUGUUGGGGGUUAAGGCGGCUAGCGUGGACGUCAAUGGAGGGACUGCCGACUUGUGGGACGUGAUUGAUCAAAUGAGCCAGCCUGGGGAGGUUUUCUAUCCUUCAACAGAUGAGCAUGAAAAUGCAAUUCUUGGGGCAAAGUAUGAAAUCUUCCUGGAUCAAAGCUCAACUCAACGUCGAUACCGAGAAAUUAUGGACCAAGCCAGCAAGGGAGGCUAA